AUGAUCAUCAGGCUGGGAAGACUGACGCCUGGAUACUUCCGUCUCCUGCAGGUGAGUCACCGCCGCCCCUCAGAGCAUCUAAAGUCACGUCUCUGCAGUCUGUGUAACCCCUUCAGCUUUGUUUGGAUGUUAUGCGUGCAGCACUUUUCACUCUGAUCACAGAAAUAAAUAACAGUUAAAUGUAGAGAGAGCCCACCUGAACUUCAGACACUUCUGUGGAGAGUUGAUUAAACUUAAAGGAUGAAGAUGAAGAUGAAGAUGAAGAUGAAGAGCAUUAAUAUUUCACAGAGAUGACGGCAGCUCGUCUCUGGAGGUCACCUUAUAUAAGCUGUUCAGACUCACAGCACUAGUUGCACAGAAAUGUUAUGUAUUCGGUUCAGCACAUGAAAGUGUCUAUUCUUGUUCUGCCACCAGGGGGAGCUAAAUUGAGAAAUCCUCCUUUUACUCAGUGGAUUUAAAACUCUGAAAUGUCAUGAUGGCAAAACUUAUUUUUAGUUUUUUUAUUUUAUUUUAAUGAACUUUUUAAUGAACUCUUGAAAAAAUAAAAUCUCACCAAAAUAAAAAUCCAACCUAAAAUUUUUACCUUAAAUCUGAACUGACAUCUGAAUCUCUUUUCUUCUCCUUUCUGUCUCUUUUUGCAGCGUCAGGUCUCAGGUGAGGUCCGGAUGCAGCCACAGAGCAGCUUCAUCGACCCCAUCGCCGUGACGAUGGCCGCCCUGGGGAUGGGAGUGUCUCUGUACAGCGCCAGGCAGAUGGCCGACAGGGUCCACCUGAAGCCUCACCACGCCUGA